GCCUGCAUUAUUUCCGGUAUCAGCACACGAGCGCUCGACCUCCCCUCCAUAAAUAGUCUCUGUUCUUGACCAUUUUCUCACUUGUUUCCAGCAUUUGAGGAAAGAUCAGAGCAAAGCAAAGAAACCCCCUCUCAACUCUUCGGCAAUGGGAAACGCACCAGGAAAACCAGACGUUGUUCAGGCAUUUCUAGUGGAAGCCAAGACCGAGUUCCAACGCAAAUGGGAGAGCCCUCCAGCACAAACUGGUAAAUUGGAUGACUUUGACCGCAUCAAGACACUUGGUACCGGCUCCUUUGGUCGUGUGAUGCUGGUCCAGCACAAGAAAACCUCAAAGUACUACGCAAUGAAGAUACUUGACAAGCAAAAAGUUGUCAAGCUCAAACAAGUUGAACACACUCUUAAUGAGAAGAGGAUCCUGUCUUCAAUCAAUUUCCCCUUUGUUGUCAACUUAGAGUUUCACUUUAAGGACAAUUCCUACCUCUACAUGUUGCUUGAGUUUGUCUCCGGAGGAGAAAUGUUCUCUCACUUGAGGAGAAUAGGCCGUUUUAGCGAGUCUCAUUCAAGGUUCUAUGCUUCACAGAUCGUGUUAGCUUUUGAGUACCUCCACUACUUAGACAUUGUCUAUAGAGAUUUGAAGCCUGAGAAUCUUCUCAUUGAUCAGCAUGGCUACGUUAAAGUAACUGACUUUGGUUUUGCAAAGCGUGUUAAAGGCAGGACUUGGACCCUUUGUGGUACUCCUGAGUAUUUGGCUCCUGAGAUCAUCCUCUCCAAGGGAUACAAUAGAGCUGUUGACUGGUGGGCCAUGGGUGUCCUUAUUUAUGAAAUGGCUGCUGGUUAUCCACCAUUUUUUGCUGAUCAACCAAUUCAAAUUUAUGAGAAGAUUGUUUCUGGAAAAGUUCGUUUCCCGUCUCACUUUACUGCUGAUCUCAAGGAUCUCCUGCGUAACCUCCUUCAAGUUGAUCUGACCAAGAGGUUUGGUAAUCUGAAGAAUGGUGUCCAGGACAUUAAGGGACACUCAUGGUUCUCAUCAACUGAGUGGAUAUCAAUCUACCAAAGGAAGAUUGAUGCCCCAUUUGUUCCCAAGACUAAAGGUGCUGGUGACCCGAGUAACUUUGAUGACUACAAAGAAGAGGUUCUUCGCAUUGCCGCAGCCGAGAAAUUCCCCAAAGAGUUUGCGGACUUUUAGCUUUAGUGUAGCCUUAAAACAGUGGAGAUGCAUGUUAUAAUAAAAUUCUCACGACGAGAAUAUCACAUAGUAUUAUUAAGCUUUAUUUUCUCUCUUUCUUUUUGUUCGUUAGUCGAUGUGUGUGUGUGUUAUUAUUGCUAGUGAUGGCAUUACUGUAGAGAGACUCUUCCAGUCUUUUAUGCACUCUUUAAGUUGUGUUCACAGAUAUUUUCCUUAAUCAUACUUGACACAUUGUUGUUGUUGUUAUUUAAUAAUUGUUGCUUUAUCCGUACUCUUUUUCUCCUAUUAGUCACUUGUAUAGUACAUUUCAAUGUAUUUUCCUUAGUUCCAUAAUA